AUGGAGACCGUCGCGCUGUUCUCAGUUGCAUGCAAGGUCGCCAUGUGCUUCGAGGUGGCGGUCUACCCUCGGUAUAUAAAUAGGAGCGUUUGGGGUGUAGGUCGGUUACUCCUUCGUCUGUCUCUCCCUCGAUCCAGCAGUGCACCACCACACUGCACAACAAUGACUAACAAUUCUGGUUCAGCAAACGCUAUCCCCUUUAACCCACAACUAUGUACUCUGUCCAGAGAGACCAAUGAGCUGGUUUCCUCGUUUAAGUACCAGAACACGGUCAUUGACACAGACCCAUCAACAGGCGCUGUUCGCGGGCUGUCCCCCCGCGAGAUUAAUUACAACUUUAAAGUGGAUCUCAGUGUCCCAGAGAAAGUUGGUGUCUUGUUAGUAGGGUUUGGCGGGAAUAACGGGUCCACUCUCUUAGCUUCUAUUUUGGCUAAUAGACAGAAAAUGGUGUUCAAUAACAAGGAGGGGCCUCAAAGGGCCAAUUUUUUCGGUUCAAUGACACAGUCGUCCACUAUGAAAUUGGGGGUCGAUGUGAAGGGGAAUGACGUGUUUGUCCCAUUUAAUUCCGUGCUACCCAUGGCGGACCCAACGGAGUUCGUGGUUGAUGGGUGGGAUAUCAAUAAUGCUAACUUGUUCGAAGCAAUGCAGAGGGGGCAUGUACUGGAGUAUGACCUUCAAAUGAAAUUGAAAAGUCAGAUGGAAAAUAUCGUGCCCAUGAAAUCAGUUUACUACCCUGAUUUCAUCGCUUUGAACCAAUUCGAUAGAGCUAAUAACUGUAUUAAUGCGACACAGGGCGGGGAAGGGUUCUCCACUGCACAGAAGAGAAAAGAUUUGGAACAGAUUAGGAAAGAUAUUCGUCACUUUAAAGCGACAAACAAGUUGGAUAAAGUGAUUGUGUUGUGGACAGCAAACACGGAAAGAUGUGUCGAUAUCAUCCCCAGUGUUAACGAUUCGGCUGAUUCCCUUUUGAAGGCUAUUGAGGAUAACCACGAGGAGAUCGCUCCAUCAACCAUCUUUGCAGCGGCUUCGAUCUUGGAAGGUGUCCCCUACAUUAAUGGAUCCCCGCAGAACACUUUUGUGCCAGGUUUGAUCGAUCUGGCGGAGAGACACGACGUGUUGAUUGCAGGUGACGAUUUCAAGUCUGGUCAGACAAAAUUGAAGUCUGUUCUGAUGCAGUUCUUGGUCGAUGCGGGGAUCAAGCCCGUCUCCAUCGCGUCGUACAACCAUUUGGGGAACAACGACGGAAAGAACUUGUCCUCGCAGAGACAAUUCCGGUCGAAGGAGAUCUCCAAGAGCUCAGUCAUUGACGACUGUAUCCAGUCAAACAAAAUCCUGUACAACGAUCACAAGGAUAAGAGUAAAGUCAACCACUGUAUCGUCAUCAAGUAUCUCCCAGCUGUCGGUGACUCCAAAGUCGCCAUGGACGAGUACUACAGCGAACUGAUGUUGGGUGGGCACAACAGAAUCUCCAUCCAUAACGUGUGUGAGGACUCGCUCUUGGCGGCACCUUUGAUCAUCGACUUGCUCGUGAUGACAGAAUUUUUUUCAAGGAUCAAGUACCAGAAAAUCGAGGACGGUGCCCCACCAAGUGACAAGUUCAGUGACUUCUAUCCAAUCUUGACCUUCUUGAGUUACUGGCUGAAGGCGCCACUGACAAGAAAGGGGUUCCAACCAAUCAACUCUUUGAACAGACAGAGACUUGCCUUGGAAAACUUUCUAAGAUUACUCAUUGGGUUGCCCCCAAACGACGAGUUGAGAUUCGAGGAAAGACUCGUUUAG